AUCCAAUCCAUUUAUCGGAUUACAAAGCGGCUACCGGCUUGUCGGCGCGCGGUUGUUGAUUUGUGGAAAAAGAGACAACCAGCGUAGUAUACAAACAUUUACAAAGACCAAAGGAAUGGCGUUUGGCGACUAUUCUAUCGAAGUUGAUCGUUUCUUCAGAGAAUGUGAAGCUCAGCAAGGCAAUGAUAUUGCAGAAACAGAAGCCUUAUUACGGCAAUUGGAGAAUGACUUGUGCCUGUCGGUUGAAGCAGCUGGUACUGCAACGAAACAACUGUUGAAAGCCUCCGUAGAAGUUAGAAAUUUACAAGAAAAGCUAAACGAGGAGCAGAAGUUACUCGAAGCAGCAAAGUCCGAACACGAGCGAGUGCUGGAGCACGUUGACGCGCUGAAGUGCACCCUCUCGAAAAAGGAAAAGCUUCUGGAGCACCACAGAGAGGCAGUCGAUCUGCUGAAGACAAGGCACACUGACUUCUACGAGGCAUACAAAGAGCGCAUCGACAUAGUCAGGGACUGGGCUGGAUUCAGAAUUUGUCCGAGGUCAGGAAACGAGAUCAAGUUUGCUUUCACUCUCAUAGACCCGGAACAGCCGUCCGAGGAAUAUAGCUUUGUGCUUGCUCUGGAAGACGGAAACUACAGGGCCAUCGAAAGUAAUCCGGUGGUACCGCAGUUUCCAGACCUUGUUGAUGAUCUAAAUCGGCACCAACGCCUCGGUCAGCUUGUGAAGACGAUGCGACAGCUUUUCUGCAAUCGACACGUAGCACACCACGGUGAUUGAGCGACUGUUGGGAUGGACUUCUUGGAAUAUUGUACAUAUGGACAGUGCUUUCUAAUCUUGACUAUUGCGCAAGUAUACUUUACGACUUUACGUUAAAGUUUCCGUUGCAUAACGUUCUAGAGGCUCCAAAUGAUUUUUAAAGACUUGUCGUUACAGUUGCACUGCAUGGUAACUUUCUCGCGUCCUUUUUAAUUUUAAUUCAUUUUAAUUGUAGCAGAGGAGAAGAAAAGAUUACAUUGUAUCGAACAUUGUAAAUUGUUACCCAUUAUCACAGUGUCUCGCCUCAGUCAUUUGUAGAGGUUACGGCCAUCGAGGAAGAGACAGGAAAGACCGUCCACGUUUUUAAAAUGGUUUUAACAGUUUACUUAACCUUGUUCUCACUAAUUUUUUGGCCAGCCAUAGUGUCUGAACGGAAGAGAGACAGACAAAAAAAAAAAGCAACUGAAGAUAGCCCAGGGUAUUACGACACUACGGUCACUCAGUACUAUCAAGGGAUCGUAAUGUUGCCGUAGAACGUUUGAGUCUGGCAUGGAACGAGUUCUCUGAUAAAGUAUUUAAUCCUGGUAUACUAUAUGGAACGUAGAGAUGGGGCAAAUCCGAAUCCAAGGAAGGUUCUGCAAAUCUUACGAAUCUUUCGAAUCCGUUCUUUAAAAAAAAGCAUUUGAAAAGCCAGGAAAAAGAACUAAUCUACUGAAAAGUGUUUUUAAGCAGAAUUUGAUAUCGUUGUAUAAUAAAAAAACAAAUUAAUUGAUAGUUCACUUUCAGGAGAGAACAUACCCAUGUACUUCUUCUUAAAUGUAUAAUUUAUUUAACGUGUCGUUCAUCGACUACAGGAGAUUACAUAAACUCUCGAGUCUGAAUUCUUUCCAUAAAACUAAGAAACAAUCAAAUGUAAAACCGUGUUACUUUUAAACUUGUAAUGUAAGAGUUCCUGCCUGAACUCUUUUACAGUCCAGAGCAAUGUAAACAAACAUGUUGAAAACACGGCUGAAAGUUUUAAAUUAAUAUAUGCCCGGGACCCGCUGACCAAGCACGCUUUUGGCGGACUCCGGAGGCGCCAGUUUUAAAAAGAAACACACAUUUUUUUGUGUGUGUAUUCGAAAGAUUCAAUUCCCUUUUUUUGCACGGGGAUACGGUUGGCCCAUCCCUAAUGGAAAGUAUAACUCACAUUAUAGUGACUGUUAGAGCUGUGCAAAUAUUCGAAAUUAUUUCGAAUAUGGAACGAACAUCUGAUCCUAUUCGAAUGCUAUUCACCUAUUUUCAGUUAUUCAAAAUUUUCGAAUAUUUUUUCAAUAGUUACAGAAGCGAGGUAUCGCUAUAUCGCCAUCCUGAAAGUGGGCUCUGCCUCAUUACACUCGAGUGUUAGGUGAAGCACACUUUACACUGCUUACAAUAUUAUAUGUCACCAAAGUCUACAGCUUCUGUGACCUUGUGGUCAACACUGUACUCUCUGCAUUGCAUGUUUCAGUAAAUGUGCUCCCAACUUUCA